AAAAAAAAAAAAAAAAAAAAACCAUAUCAUAUAGCCAAUUUUCUAUAGUAGUAUAAGUGAUCACUGGAAGAUACGUAGACCAGUUUAUUUUUUCUCUAUCAUUAUCUAUACAGUUGGAUCGCUUGCAGCUGUAUUUGCUCAUGAUAUCUAUGUCUUGCUUGGUAUGAGAAUACUUCAAGCUGUUGGUAUUUCUUCAGCUUGGGCUAUCGGUGCUGGGUCUGUUGCUGAUAUCUAUGAAGUUCAUGAAAGAGGCAAUGCAUUAGGUAUUUAUUUCACAGGACAGUUUGCGGGACCUCUUUUUGGUCCUAUCUUUGGUGGUUUCCUUGUAGAAAGAUGGGGCUGGCAAUCUGUAUUUUGGCUUUUGUUUUGCUUUGGAUGCAUCUUGUUGCUUUUGGUAUUCUUUGCUAUGGAAGAAACAUACCGCCAAGAAAGUAUUUGGGGCAAAGAAAGUAAGGCAACUGCAUUAGAGGACAUUGAAACAGACAAAAUUACACCACCUGUUCAGGAUGUAUCUGAGCAAAAUACCAUGAUAGAAAGUAAAAUGAUCAAUCCACUCUCUUCACUUGCGUUGUUAAGACACCCCUUUGUUCUUGUGUUUUCUAUGGCAACUGGGUUUGCAUUCGGUGGUAUGUUUGCCAUUGAAAACAUGCUCCCUGACCUCUACACCUCUACUUAUGGACUCAGCAGUGGUAUUAUUGGCCUUACUUUUAUUUCUCCUGGCUUAGGUGAAGUAUUCGGUUCCUUAAUUAGUGGCAAACUGUCCGAUUACUUUUUGAAUCGCGCCAAAGCAAAACGUGGUGGCGUUGCUAUUCCUGAAGAUCGGUUAGCACCCAACGUCUGGCCAGCAGCGUUUAUCCUCAAUCCUCUUUCCUUUUUCCUAUGGGGAUGGCCUGUUCAAUUAGGCUGGAAUGUAUGGGUAUCUAUCAUUAUGUUUGGUGUACAGUGUUUUGCUAUGGUCCAGAUCUUUAAUCCUGCCAUGUCUUAUUUGGUAGAUGCAGUAUCUGACCGUGGUGCUAGUGUGACAGCUGCUGCUAACCUUGUGCGAAUGAUAUGGUCGUGUGUCCUAAGUUUAAUUGCUAACCCUAUGACACAUGCUGUUGGUGCAGGAUGGGUGACAUUCUUGUUUGGUAUGCUUAACUUUGUUUGGGCAUUUUUACUUUUAUUGAUGAAAAUCAAGGGUCCUAAUAUCCGUGCUUUCUCUGGUUACUAAAUCUAUUUUUAUGAUAUACCAAUUACAAUUAAUAAAGUAAAUUACACAGUUCGCUCUCUCUCUCUG